UUCCUGCCCUGAUGAAAGCAUGGAAUGGCUCCAGCACUACCACGACCCUUGAAGGGCGCCUGGCUGCCCGACAACUUCAAAGGGCGGGAGCGGGCUCGGUCUGCGACUGCGGGUCAGACGCUGCUGUGAUUUGCUGUCGAGCGAGUGAGACGACGUCUGCCGUGACGACAGCCACCGGAGCGUCUUCCUUCGAACGGGGAAGUGCGUCUUUAUGGGUGCAAGACUUGAUGGCAUUAUCAAGGAUCGAGGGGCGCGGGAGUGCUGGAGCCUAUCCCAGCUGUAAAUGGGCAGGAGGCGGAGUACAGCCUGAAGUGGUUGCCAGCCAAUCGCUGGGAAACCAGAGUGCCCGGAGGAAACCCACACAGGCACAGGGACAACAUUCAAACUCCACACAGGCGGGUCUGGGAUUGAACUCGGGACCUCAGAACUGUGAGGCCAACGCUUUCCAGCUGAUCCACCAUGCGGCCACGAGCACUGCUGAUGAUCUCCAGAGGCUUUGCUUCACGAGGAACUUGUCAGGAAAAGAUCCACAUUUCCCAGGGACGAGUGUGGGUGAAAGUGAGAAGGAAACGGAGAGGCAGAGCGUAAGUUUGAGUGAAAGCCAAAAAAGUGAGAAUUCAAAGGAAUGGAGGAGUUCAUGUAUUGACAGGGCGGGUUAAGAAUGUGAAGGCUGGGCUCAGGCUGCAGAAGGAUUUGCGAUAUCCACAAAGAGAGCGCACCAACUGCGAAAAAAGUGAAUAGGAAAGAUGGCAGCUCUCCGUCAGUGACUUUUGUACGUCAGAAGAACUGCGGCGGAGAAACAAAAAGAUCCUUUAAUAUGACUUUUGUUCUCCAGAAAGUGACCCGGGGAACACAAACGCAUUGCUAAUCAGUUUAACCCUGUUACACCGCUUCGACGUUCACAUGACGCGCGGCUGACAGAACUGCCAGGCCCACUCGAGAGUUAAGCGCGGCCCCCGGUGCCCGGGGCAGGGGCAAAAGCCCCGACCUCCGGGGCACGCUGACCCGGCGGGGGGACGCAUCUCGUGGCAUUUUGACAUCAGGUUCAGGCACAAUGGCAAUCGCUCUAACAGCAUCUCAACCUGCUGCUAUUAUGACAUUAUCCUCAUUCAAAUGAGGGCUCAUUGCUUUUGUUUUUGGAUUUGUCUCCGGUGACAUUUUGUUGACGGACUAGGUCAGCCCGGUGAGGAGCGGGUCACAAACUGACACAAAUGUCAAAAAUGCUUUCCUCGGCUAUUUAAACAUAAUCAGUCGUGUUUGCUCGGUCAAGUCAAGUCGACGUCUAAAUAGGAAGCUUUUUUUUUUCCCCGACAUUUUGGGACACAGUUGCCAUGAACUACAAAUAUAUUAGCAUUUUAUCAAUUAUAUUCACAGGUGGACAGUGAUGGUCUCCUGGGUGUACCGUUAUCAUGAACCAUUCAUUAAAAUAUCAAUAACCCAGCAAAAAAAUAACAAUAAUAAUAAUCCAUGGCCAUUUUGACCUGAACCUUCCUCAAUUAUCCAAAAGUGUCAGAAACGGAAUAAAAUCCUGAUGAAUGUUUAUAUCUCAACACAAUUACAAAUCAAUAUUUGGCACAUAACUACUAACAGAUCAUUCUUGAUUUUUGCAAAAAAAGAAAUGCAUGGUAAAACAGUUGUCUUAACAUGUAUAGCAAUAAAUGUUUAUGAGUCCAUUUUACUUCAGGCUUGCUUUCUUAUCAAAAAGUGUCAGAUACUGAAAAUAAAUCACAAUAAAUGGCAUGAUGAAAAUAAUUUAUUUGCGAUCACAGCUAAGACUUUAAUACAACAUUAAAAAAAAUAAGACUGUAUAUGCAUGUGCAUAGUCAACACUACCAGAAACUGACUAAAAAUAUUAAAAAAAAAAAAAAACUAUUCAUGGGAUUAUUGAUCACAAAAUCAAUAUGAAGUCCAUACCGUGGAAAUCAGUGUAUUUACCAUUUUCUACAUUAAAAACUGAAACAAAUGUGGUCAAAAAUGAAAACUGAACUUCAGUAUUUUUUUAAGCUUAUUUCACCAUCAUCUCAUUUUGCCCAAAUUUUAAAAAUGUAUCAUUAUCCUGCCUCGAAAUUUUACAUAAAAAAACAGCACCAAAUCAAAUAAGGACUUUCACAAAAAAAUGAACAAUUCAUUCAGAUUCAUACUGAAAAACUACUUAACACAACAGGGGGUUAAAAAGUGUGCCGAAUUUAAUG